AAGUUUUUCUUGAUAAUAUAAAGGUUAUGGCAAGUUGAGGUUCUGAUUGUUCAACUUGCACAUUUUUUUUUUUUUUCCCUCUCUUUGAUCCACCAAUUAACCAACUCAAAUUGCCAUUUUUCUAUUUUUAAGGAAGAAAAGGUAAGAAAACAAAAAGUCCAGAACACAUUGAAAUGUAAUCUCAACUUUCAAAGUGUGAGACCAUCUUCAUUAUUGUUGUUGUGAGUGAAGUCAGUAUCAUUGUCUCACACUCAAACAUACUGUCAGUGAAAGUAAAUAAAUUUGGCGCAAGAAAGUUCCAUACCUAAAUUAAGCCACUAGGCUCUGUUAAAGGUGCCCAACAUAACUACGUUGCCCGUUGUUUCAGCAUUUAUAGAAGUUAUAAUAAUCAGCUUCAGGUUAUCGUGGUAUUAUAGUCCUUUAUGAGCAAUUCACUAUUUCAAGAAGCUCACAGAAUGGCUCUUUUUACUGUUCCGGCACUGCAAUUUAAGAAUUCUUCUCUCUUUGGGAUCUUCUCCACACCCUUCAACAUCCAACCAAAGUGGAAUAUAAAUUUAUCUGUGAGGCCAUUAGUCAUUAGAGCAAGGGCAAAUACAAGGACGGAAAGUGCAAAAAUACGUAACAGAAGAAUGCAAAAAAAGUAUAAUGGCACACCAAAAAGACCAAGGCUCUCAGUGUUCUGUUCAGACAAACAGUUGUAUGCUAUGCUGGUAGAUGACCAGAACAAGAAGUGUCUUUUUUAUGGAAGCACUCUGCAGAAGUCUAUUCGUCAGAAUCCCCCUUGUAGCACUAUUGAAGCAGCAAAACGUGUUGGUGAGGAGCUAAUUAAGGCUUGCAAUGUUCUCAACAUAAAUGAAAUAUCAUCCUAUGACCGCAACGGUUCACCUUGUAGGAAAAAAUUGCGAGCCUUUGAGAUUGCAUUUUCUAGUCAUGGAUUUUUGUCAAGAUAAACUUAUUUGCAAAUGGUGGGAGCAUGAUCAUAACAGAUCUUCAAUGGGGGACUCGCAAAUUGGCUAUCCUGUCCUUUUAACAUUAAAGAAUAUGCUAUGAAUGGUUUAUCACUUGAUUCUUUACACCUCUUUUAUAAAAGGCGAAUAAAUAAACAAAGAGGUGGCAAACUUUUCAUUAAAAAAGGGAAAAAUUGAAUCAACACAACUUUUCAGAAAAAUUGACGACCUUUCUACUUGUUUUUUUUUUUUUUUUUUUUUU